AAAAUCCAAUCCCAAAUUGCCACCCAGAGGAGCGCAGAGCAAAAUCAGACCGUGCGUAACAGCAGAUGCGGAGGGAGUGAUUCCAUGAGUUCAUAGACGAUAGCGCGUUUGAUUUCCUCACAUGAAGGAGGACUAUUUUGCGAAGGAACCGCUUCUCCCCACUCAGCGUUCGACUUGUUAGAGCCGUGCGUAAAACUUUGGGGCAAAAAUGUUGACAAGCGCCUUGGCGACGGUGACUACCAUCCUGUCUUGGGGUUACUGCGUGAUGGCCACGCAGGUCGCCUUCUCCAACUUCUCCAUGGACAGCGAUGUGCACUCCAGCUUCAUCCAGCGGCGGCUGCGGAGCCAGGAGCGCAGGGAGAUGCAGCGGGAGAUCCUCUCCAUCCUGGGGCUGCCGCGCCGCCCGCGACCGCACAUCCACACCAAACACAAUGCUGCGCCCAUGUUCAUGCUGGACCUGUACAACACCAUCUCCACAGACGCGGAGCCGCGCGGGUAUUCUUACUAUAAGCCCGUUGUGCCGACCCAGGCCUCCCCCAUGGUGACCCCACAGGACAGCCGCUUCCUGGAUGACGCAGAUAUGGUGAUGAGCUUUGUUAACCUGGUUGACCAGGAUCAGGAUCCUCGCUACCAGCAGCACCGGAGGGAGUUUCGGUUCGACCUCGCCCGUAUUCCAGAGGGGGAGGCCGUCACAGCAGCAGAGUUCAGGAUUUACAAGGAUUUCGUCCAGGAACGCUAUGAGAAUCAGACGUUCAUAGUCAGCAUCUACCAGGUCCUGCAGCAGCCUUCAAAUAGUGAAGUGGAUCUGUUGCUGCUGGACCAGCGAGACGUCUGGGCUGCAGAGGACGGCUGGCUGGUGUUUGACCUGACCCCCACCAGUAACCAUUGGCUGGUCAAACCUGAGCAGAACCUGGGCCUGCACCUGGUCUUGGAGGACAGCCACGGCCACAGGAGGAACCCCCGGCUGGCAGGGCUGGUGACAGGCACCGGGCCCCAGGACAAGCAGCCCUUCAUGGUUGCCUUCUUUAAAGCCAGUGAGGUGCGCUUCCGCAGCAUCCGCUCCACCCACGGCCACAAGGGUCGCCAGUCUCACCGCUCCAAACCUCAGAGGACUGCUCAGGACGCGCUGAAGGCAGUUGAAGCCGCAACAGAUAAUCUUGGCUUUUCUAAAGAAGGAUGUAAAAAACAUGAGCUCUAUGUUAGUUUCAGAGAUCUGGGAUGGCAGGACUGGAUCAUAGCACCAGAGGGCUAUGCCGCAUACUACUGCGAAGGGGAAUGUGCUUUCCCUCUCAACUCCUACAUGAAUGCCACCAAUCACGCCAUCGUGCAAACUCUGGUGCACUUUAUCAACCCGGAGACGGUUCCUAAGCCCUGCUGCGCCCCGACGCAGCUCCACGGCAUCUCAGUGCUCUACUUUGACGACAGCUCCAACGUCAUCCUGAAAAAGUACCGCAACAUGGUGGUCAGAGCGUGUGGCUGCCACUGACCACUUGUCGACCCUCCCUAUGAGUUUUAUAAACCUGGAGGGAUACUUAAAAAAAAGACAGAAAGCGGAGAAAGCAGACGGAAGAUGAUUGACUGGGGUAUCCUUGCCACAGAAUAAACUUUAUUCUGGGUAAAUGCUGCCCAUUCAGUAGUAACCACUACCACAUCCCAACAGAGAAUGGCUGAACGAAGGAUUUCCUUUAAGUGUGACUACACAAAGUGAACUGAGCCAUGUGGAGUCACUUUAGAAGCACAAAAUCACUGAUUCCAAAAAACCUUUCAACCAGUUUUUCCUGUUUGGAGAGAAACACAAUACACCAUACAUAUCUGCAUUUAAAUUAUCUGGAUAUUAGACAUGGGAAUAUUAAAUAUUGCCUGGGUAAAAAUUUGCAUUACGCCGCUCAUACAACCGUCGACUGAGCUUGUUUCCUGAUCAGAAAAAGUACUUCAACCAGUUGUAUACUGGUCAGGUGUAAGACAUCUGGCCGCCUGUGUGUGUGUGCUGCUGAUGUUCAGGAGCUCUGUGAAGAAUGACAGCUGAGACUGCUAAUAACAGU